AUGGCUAUUUCUGAAAUGAGUAAAUUAUGUAAAAAAGUUAGAAUUAAAAUCCCUACAAUUGAAAGGAUUUGUAUUUUUCACAGAUUGGGUCAAGUCCCAGUAGGAGAGAUUUCUGUAUUUAUAGCUGCAAGUUCUCCACAAAGAAAAGCAGCAAUUGAAGCAACUGAAUGGCUUAUUAAUUCUUUGAAAGAAAGAGUUCCUAUUUGGAAAAAGGAAUUAUAUUCUGACGGUUCUUCUUCUUGGAAAGAAAAUAAAGAACAACCAUUUAAUGUUCAAAACAAUCAUUUUUAA